GGCCGCGGCGGCGGAGCGCGGGGGUGGGCAUGUGGCGGGCGGUGGCGGCAGGACGGAGGGUGCUGCGGCCCGUCUCCGCCGCGGCGGGGGGUGCCCUCCGCCCGCAGCCGCCCCGCCGCGUGGCAGGGGCUCCCCGCGGGGGGGGCGCGCCGGCGCGGGGCGCGGCAGGCGACGCAGGCGGAGCUGGGGCGCUGGGGGCGGCGGCGGAGCGGCCUCAGGUGGCAGAUACUGUUCUUCCGAAGUUCAACAUUGACUUUGUUGUAGCUCUGCUGAGGCAAGAAAAUGCUAAAGACAUUUGUGUCAUCCAGCUACCUCCAGAAAUAAAAUACUGUGAUUAUUUCAUAAUCGUGAGCGGAUCUUCAACACGGCAUCUCCAUGCAAUGGCACAGUACAUGCUGAAAAUGUACAAGUAUCACAAAGAAGAAAGCGAUCCUCGUACUCGGGUUGAAGGAAAAGAAACAGAUGACUGGCUCUGCAUUGAUUUUGGCAGCAUCGUGGUGCAUUUCAUGCUGCCAGAGACACGAGAGGUUUAUGAAUUGGAGAAGCUAUGGACUCUUGGUUCCUACGAUGACCAGUUGGCACAGAUGACUCCACAGUCACUGCCAGAAGACUUUAUCUUUAGACUGACUCCUAGCAGCAGCGAUCAUCUGGAGAAAGAACUUCAUGAAGCUUUUGAGGGGAAAGAGAAAUGAACGUGCCUGUGCAGGUCUGGGAGGCACAUACAGGCUUCAUUACUGACUUAGCAGUCACUGCAGUUGAUCAGUACAGAACAGUGUAUUUAUUGGAUGUACCUAACUAAAGUUUUGAACAAGCUACAAAGAUGAUCACUCAUGGUAAUCUUAAGGUUGGAAAGGAAACCUUGCUGAGUCCAGCCAUAAAAUGUCAAAGAAGGAAUCCUAUCAUAAGGGAGUUUCCUGGGGCAGUCACUAUUGCAGUGGAAUUUGCAGUGAGAAGAGCAGGGCAAAGAGCUGCUUAAGCUACUUACCCUGAAACUCAUGCUUAGCCUCUAGAGUAAUUGCUUUUCUUUGAAAGACCUGCCUGUAGAAGCAAUGCAAGAAGACUUGAGUUCUGCAAGAUAAAACUAUGUGAAAUAGUACCGUUUAGAUGAGGCUUCUGGUAUUAAGCCGUUUGCUUCUGGUCAAGAUGAAGCAAAUCAUGCUCUGCACUGAAGAAGAAAAAAAAAACAACCUGGUGUUACUGAGCGUAUAAGCCAAGAGCAGCAGUGACAAAUAAAUGUGCCUUGAGUUAACAAAACAGUAAGUGAGUUUUCAGCCAAGGCCAAUCUGUUUUUAAUAACAGUAAUAAAAAACUCAGCCCUGAAGAGCUUCAGUUCCUUGUCUUUAUGUGAAAUCAUUCAGCUCAUUCUAAGUGUGCAGUUGGCUCCUUCCCUAGUUUUCCUCUCACCUGGUUUGUGGCAAAGGACACUAAGGCAAUGCAGUAUGACGGUGUAAACCUCCAGCUCCUUUGAAGUGGGCAAAAGUAGCUCUAAAGUAAGCCCUUCGUCACUGAGCAUUACUUGCUGUUGCUGGGCUCUUUAGCACUUCCACAGGUCAUUGCACAGCGUGUUCUUAGUCUGAUUGCUGCACAGUCUAAUAACCAGUUAGUAGAGCUUCAAGAUGGUAACAAAACUUGUCUGUGUAGAGCAAGAUGCUUUUCUCCACUACAGGACAGGGGCUUUUGUCACUAGAUUAGGAUCUCUUCCUUCUGGAGAAGUUAGCUCUGCUGUGCAUCAGGAAGCAGGAACAGUAGAUCUUGAGGGUAAUCACUUUUCCCCCUGCAGCCCCACAAAAUACUUCAAGGCCAUGUUUGCAUCUGUUCCCUGCACAGCAGCUGCUGUUUGUAACGCUCAAAGUGACCUUGUUUUUAAUGCUUGUGGUUGUGGUGUUUAGGGGGAAGGGCUGGGUUUGUUUUUAAGAAGCAACUAACCAACCUUCUCCUUCGUUUCUGAUUGGUCACGUUUUCUUGCUGUGCCUAGGCUCUGUUCCUUGGGCAACAACUGCCCCCGAGCUCACCUGCUGUUCAAUACCAGGCAGCAGAUAGUUCUGCAAAUUAAACAAGACCAUUUAUUAAAUGUAGUUAAACUAUGCAGAUAGAUAAAACAUCUUUGCCCACAAAAUAAAUGUACUGGUGGCAAGUCUGGCUACAGAGAAAGAUUUUCAGAAUGCUUCAUGAUAUUUGUAAGUAAUCCACAUGGGGGAAAGAUAACCUUGGCUGUCUUAGAGUGAUGGGUUCUAAAUCAGGCAUUUUCUCCUAGGAGAGGUACGUAGGAGUAACUUUGGAUCAUUCCCUGAAACCGUUUGCCUUUUACUGCUGUGGCUGAAGAUAAGUAAUGCUAGAUGAAUAGGGGCAGGCUCAGCAAACAUUAUGCAGCUAUAUGAAUCCAUAUUUAGUAACUGGAACCACAUACAGUAUCCUGUAACAAAAAGAGCACUCAGAAAAGAACAGAAAAAGGUAGGGAACUGCUUCCCUGGGAGCAGGCUAGGACUCUGACAGCUGCAAAGGGUAAUUGAUAGUCUGUAAGGCAAGACAAAGUGAAAAUAAAAUGAACUGAAGAGACAAAAAACAGUAAAAUAAAAAGUGUAACAGAAUUUACUGCCAAAGCACAUUGUAAAGAGAAGUUAUGUGGAACAUCCACUGGUUGGUAUUAAACAAUCAGAACUGCAGGCUCAGGAAAAGAGCUGCCUCAUCUGCCAUUGAACAGAAGCAGUCACAGUCUGUGCAGAGCUACUGCCAGGCCCCAACCAGGUUACUUGCCUGCCCAGGGAGCCUUUGACACGGCCCUCGUAAAGCUGGGAUCUGGGAAUUAGAGCUGCUUUAGAUGGUCAGUACUGUGCAACAUUAAACCCCUUUUGAAGGGGAAACAUCUGGGAAUGGUUUCAGUUCUAUGGAUCAGGCGAUUUCUGUGUAAAAUAAAAAAAACUGAGCAGCUUGUCCAGUGAGUCUA